UAGAUCGAUAUUAGUAAAGUGAUCGAUCGAGCGAGUGAUCGAGUAGCAAUAAUAUAAUGGCACCUCCUUCCGGUGACAACAAUGUGGUUGUUUCAUCAGCAAACGUAAAGCUUGAGAGGCUUCUUAGCAUGAAAGGUGGCAAAGGUGAAGCCAGUUAUGCCAACAACUCUCAAGCCCAGGCGAAACAUGCCCGGUCAAUGCUGCAUCUCCUAAAAGAAACGCUUGACGGUGUUGAGUUAAGCAGCUCGCCCGACACACCAUUUGUGGUGGCGGAUCUUGGGUGCUCAAGUGGAAGCAACACCAUCUUUAUCGUCAACGUCAUCAUCGAACACAUCACCAAGCGUUACGAGGCGUCUGGUUACUCAGAGGUACCGGAGUUUUCUGCUUUCUUUGCGGACCUUCCGUCCAAUGACUUCAACACCCUCUUCCAGCUGCUACCGCCGCUGGCUAACCAGGACGUCGGCAGCAUGGAAGAGUGUCUGGCCUCCACAGGCCAUCGCUCUUUCUAUGUUGCUGGGGUCCCAGGCUCUUUCUAUCGGAGGCUGUUCCCAGCCAAAUCAAUUGAUGUUUUCUACUCGGCGUUUUCCUUGCAUUGGCUUUCUCAGGUACCAGAAAGUGUAGUGGAGAAAUCAUCAACGGCGUACAACAAGGGGAAAAUAUAUAUCCAAGGUGCGAAUAAAAUAACAGCCAAUGAAUACAAGAAACAAUUUCAAACAGAUCUGGCAGGGUUUCUAAAAGCGAGAUCAAAGGAGAUGAGGAAAGGUGGGUCAAUGUUCAUUGCACUACUGGGGAGGACAUCGGAGGACCCCGCAGACCAGGGUGGGGCCGGCUUACUCUUUGGGACCCACUUUCAAGAUGCAUGGAAUGAUCUUGUCCAAGAGGGACUAAUAACAAGCGAGAAGCGAGAUGAUUUUAACAUUCCGGUGUAUGCACCAAGCUUACAAGAUUUCAAACAAGUGGUGGAAGCAAAUGGGUCGUUUAGUAUAAAGAAGCUGGAGGUGUUCCAAGGUGGGAGCCCGUUAGUGGUGAGCCGGCCCGAUGAUGCCGUGGAGGUAGGCAAGGCUCUAGCCAAUAGCUGCAGGAGCGUCAGCGGGGUACUGGUGGAUGCCCAUAUAGGAGACAAGCUCAGCGACCAGCUCUUCUUGCGCGUCGCCAACCGGGCUGCCAACAAAGCAGCCGAGAUCCUUGAAAACCUCCAGUUUUACCACAUUGUAGUUUCCCUCUCCCUUAUAUAAAUAAUUAAUAUAACAAGUACGUACGUAUACCAUGAUGAUCGAUUUCAAACCGUACGUAGGAGAAGCUAGCUAGCUAGCUAGAUAUAUUGUACGUACUUUCUUUUUUCUUUCUUUUCGAUCGGGAUUUCAUUUUCAUGUUUAUUUUUUUUGUCCGGUUUUCGAUCGGUUUCUCCUGCCUGCCUACCUACCAUGCAUAUAUCAUAUACCAUCAUCAUAUCAUAUAUAUAUAGAACAAAGUUAUACUUAA